AUGGCGGCCGUGGCUGCAGAGCCAGGAGCUGCGGUUCCGACAACAGCAGAGAGCGGCGGGACGGAGCCCCCAGAACCCGGACCCGCUGGCCCGGGACCCGGCGGCCCAGGACACGGCCCCGGAGCCCCGCUGGAGGCCGGCGGCCCGGCCCCGGAGCAGCCCGGGCCCCGGCUGGAGGCCGCGGGGGACCAGCAGGAGAUCCGCCAUGACAGGCCGGAGUCCGCGGCGGGAAACCCGCUGCUGGAGCCCGCCGAGGACCGGCUCGGUCCACCGGGUCCACCGGGGCCGCUGGGGCCGCUAGGGCCGCUGGGGCCGGGGCCGGAGCUGGGCGCUCCGCUGGACCCGGGCAGCAUGGACCGGUUCUCUCCUGGCCUGUACCCGGACCCCUCCGCCGUCUUCCUGCACUCCGUCCCGGUCCCGGUGGUCCCCCCUCCGGACCCCGAGGCCGGCCUGUCCCUGGCCGAGCCGGCCGAGCCCACCCAGACCACGGACCGGGCCGAGCCGGGCCGGGAUCGGGACUACAGACCCGGACCCGGGGUGUCGGUCCCGCUCAGACCGGACCCGGAGCCGGGCUACGGGCAGAGCUCCGCGGGGACCGAGGACCUGGUGCCGGACUCCCCCGGAGAGGAGCAGCCCAGACCGGAUCAGGACCUGAGUCCCGGGACGGAGGUCCGGGUCUCCCUGGACCACGUGAUCGACGACGCGCUGGUGGUGUCGUUCCGGAGGGGGGGCCAGGUGUUCUCAGGGGUCCUGAUGGACGUCAACAGGAGGUUUGGACCAUACGGUAUUCCCGUCACCGUGUUCCCUCGCCGUGACGACCGGCGACCUCCAGCAGUCAGCGACGACUCGUCCACCAAGCAGGAAGACGUCGCGGUGGCGAGGCCCCCGCCCCCUCAGGCCCCGCCCCCUCAGGCCCCGCCCCCUCAGACUCCGUCCUGGACCACCAAACCGCCGCCGCUGUUCCAGGAGGGAGCGCCGUACCCCCCCCCUCUGUUCAUCAGGGACACCUACCACCAGGCCUUACCUCAGCCACCGCCACGCAAGAUCAAACGGCCAAAACGCCGCUACCGCUGCGAGGAGCCCACCUCCAUCAUGAACGCCAUCAAGCUCCGCCCCCGCCAGGUGCUCUGCGACAAGUGUAAAGGAGUCGUGGCAUCUGGUGGUGGGCUACGAGAGGUGCGGCGCGGCCCCGUGGAUCUGAGGAGCGAGGAGGCGUCCCGGCGGAGGCGAGCGGCGGCCGAGGGACCGAUCUCCUCCGAGCUGAAACGGCUGAGGAGCGACGACAAGGGAGGCAAACGGUCGUCGUCAGGGAUACGCGUGACAUCAUCAUCAUCGUCGUCGUCUCGCCGCGUCCUCAAGGGCGUGGCCUCCUCGUCCUCCAGCCGAUUGUGUCUGAACUCUAAGAAAGUUCUGGCCAAAGGUUCCGACUGCUCCAAAGCUCGCCACGUUCUCAAGAAGUUGGCAAGGAGUUCAACGGCCGAGGCGCCACCGCCUCCGCACCGCCGGCCCAAAGACCAGAACCAGAACCAGAACCAGGACCAGGACGAGGGGCGGGACCAGGAGCGGGUCCACGCCAAGGCGGUGACUCGGGCCGCCGCCCUGCAGAACCACAACCAGAAGGUGCACUUCACGCGGCGCCUGCAGCACCUGAGUGGUGGUGGCGGCGCCGUCGGCUCGCCGUUACCGCCCAGAAUGCGUCUGAAACCUCAAAGGUAUCGAACCGACGACAUCCAGGCCCCACCCCCUUCCUCCUCCUCCCCGCCCAAACAGAACGCUCGCUCCCCGCCCCCCCCCAGGCCGCCAGUAAGCCCAGCCCACACACCCGGAGCCCUGCCCCCUCCCUCCCCAGCCCCGCCUCCCUCCGGUAUAUCCAGCGUUGCCAUGGAAACGCAGGAGGAGGAGGUGGUGGCGGAGCAGGAGGCAGAGGCUCCUCCCCCCUGCUCCUCCUCCCACUCAGAGUGCAGCUCGACAGAGACCUUUGACCUCCCACCGCCGGGCGACCCCUCUGCUGCUGCCGCCACCGCUCCCCCCCCCCCCUCCUCCUCGCCAACGCCUGAUGCCGAGGAGACGGUGGCCGGCGGCGAGGAGGAGGAGCAAGGGGGAGGCGACCCGAAGAGACGGCGUAAGUCGUCCACGUCCUCUUCGUCCUCCUCGUCCUCGUCCUCGUCCUCCGUCUUCUCCAAGUCGGUGUCGAAGGUUGCACUGCCCGACGGGCGCCACGUGUGUGCCGGCGACAUAGUGUGGGCGAAGAUCUACGGCUUCCCAUGGUGGCCGGCGCGCGUGCUCGGCAUCACGGUGGCGCGGCGCGGUGAUACGGGGCUGGCGGUGCGGCAGGAGGCACGAGUGUCCUGGUUCGGCUCGCCGACCACAUCCUUCCUGCCGCUCGGCUCGCUGGCGCCGUUCCUCGAGAGCUUCCAGUCGCGCUUCGACAGGAAGCGGAAGGGCCCGUACCGCCGCGCCAUCGCCGAGGCCGCAAGCGCAGCCAAGCAGCUGACGCCCGAGGUCCGGGCGCUGCUCACGCAGUUUGAGACGUAGCAUCAGCCUCCCUGCUUGCCCCGCCCCCUGCCCUCUAGCCCCGCCCCCUCCACGCCGACCUGAGCCUGUCAAUCAGAGACUUCCUGUUUGGAGAGGAGGGGGCGGGGCUUCUGAGUUACCUGUCAGUGUUCGGGGGGGGGCAGUGGACGGGGUUUAUUUCUGUUGGUUAGCAGCAGCGUUUCUACCCGCCUGAUGAUGUCAUCGUGAUGUCAUGUAGGAUCGGCUGAGCGUCUCGUGCUGAUUGGCCGACAGCUGUGUCACGAUGAUGUCACACAUGACAUCGUAAAUAAUGUUCCGUUAACACUAAGUCAUGUUCGGCUAAUGCUGCGUUCUGAUUGGAAGCCGUCUGGCGGCGGCGAGAAACGCUGCGGCGACCGACGUGUCACUUCCUGUCUGACUGAAAGACUUUAAAACUGUGAAACACAAAGUGUCCAAAUUGAGGCCCAGGGGCCCAAACAGGGUCCAAACAGGGUCCAGACCAGCUGAUCAUCACGUGAUCAUGUCCCUUCCAUCUGAUUGGACAAGUCAUCAAUGCUGCUGCUGAUUGGUCCAAACUUGUCCCCUGUAGUCCCUGAUGUCCUGGUUAGGGUAUUUUAGAGACAAAGACGUCUCGUCCUGUUUGGGACACAGUUCAUCAACAUGAGACUGACAUGAGGACGGGGGGACAGGUAGAUACACUAGCAGGGGACAGAUGACCGUAAGGACGAUGAGGACAGUAUGACAUUGGGACAGGUUGGACAGGGGGACAGGUAGACACACUGGUGGGGAUGGACAGCUGUGAGGACAGGUAGAACAGGUGGACAGAGGGACAGUGGGACUUGAGGACAGU